AUGCUGACUAAAACUCCUCACCCUGAAAAUGGCAAAGCCCCAAAAGUCGCAAAGACUGAAGCUUGCUACCUUGAGCAGGUUACGUGCCCAAAGAACACAACCAUAGUCGUGCUAAACAGAGACCGCCUGUAUCACCAAGGAGACGUUCUAACCGUCAGGGUGGUGGUAAAAGACAAAGAAGGAAGGCCAAAGACGUACGGGGGAGAUUUUUUCCGUGCCAGACUGGUCAGUAGUGACCGUUCGCCGCAGGCCAGUAGCACCGGGCACGUCACUGACCACUACAACGGUAUCUACACUGUGAAGUUCCCGCUCUAUUGGGCAGGGGGCGUUUCGAUAAAGAUUCAGCUGGUCCAUCCCAGCGAGGCAGUGAAGGUCCUAGACAGAGUGCGAGAAGUUCCAAACAAGAGAGUCUUCCACUGUAGUUUCGUCGACGCGAAGACGAAGGCCACCAACACAACACAGUGUUUCAGUUCUGCCAACUCUAGUCUACUGCCCCACCAACAGUGCGACUUCUCAAAGCCAGACGUGAACGGGACCUGGAUUUGUGAGAAACCGGACAAACUUCCGUGUUCCGCCAUAUCAAAGUGCAGAUGGGACUCGGGAAAGAGCAGGGCAAAGAUGCUGGAACUAUUGUCUGAAGAAGAAAAGAAACUUUUCCAAAAGCCCUAUCUUGAGGAGGAACUUGAAGUAGACCCUAAGGAGCCCAUACACGUUCUUAAAGCAGAACUUCCCACACCUCAACACCUUCCAGCGUGUACCUGGGACAAGUCUGCAGCUUUGGGACAUUGGUCAGGCAAGGUCUGGACGUCAUCCGUCUGCAAUGUCCGAGUGUUCACUCAGAAUGACAUCCGGCGGUGCCUGGCUAACAAGACCGUGUACAUGCAAGGUGACUCCACCAUCAGACAAUGGGGCCAGCGUUUGCUGACGGUAGUACCGUUGAACCACAACAAGACCAAGGGUUAUUUAGCUCGUUUGGAAGGAGACAACAGCCAAUGGAACAUCUCUGUUCGCUACCGCUUUCACCACUUCCCCGUACAGGGAGGCGCUUGGUGUGUCUUCUUUGACUUCCGCUACGUUGUUGAAACGCUGGACUCCAUUCUUGGAGGCCCAAACACGAUAAUAGUCCUGACUUGA